UGGUAGUAGUUAAAACAACUGCGCUCAGACGACUAACAAGAGCUUUUCAGCCACUGCUCGUCCUGUGCAAGGCUGCUCGAUGAUUCCGAGCUUCGAUUUCCCGCCCUGUGCCAGCGCGUGGAAGGAAGGAGUGCGUGCUUCACAUCUCUAGCGUGCUGCCAGAAUCUCUCCACGACUGACGUAUCAUGGCGACAGAAGUGGGGAAGCUGUCCAAAAACCUGCUGCGUAUGAAGUUUAUGCAGCGCAGCCUUGAUGCAGAGACCAAAAAGCAGUUAGAAGAAGAUGAGAAGAAGAUAAUCAGUGAUGAGCACUGGUACUUGGAUUUACCUGAGCUAAAAGAGAAAGAGAGUUAUAUAAUUGAAGAAAGGAGUUUUCUACCAUGUGAAGAUUUUCUGUAUGGCAGAAUGUCCUUCAAAGGAUUUAACCCUGAGGUGGAGAAAUUAAUGCUCCAACUGAAUUCAAGGACAGAGACAGAAGAGAUUGUUGACGAAGGGAAAAUGGAUGUUGAUGUGUCUGAUGAAGAAAUGGCACGAAGGUACGAGUCAUUAGUGGGCACCAUCAAAAAGAAAUUUACGAAAAAAAGGAACCAGAAAGAAUUGAAUAAAGACGAAGAAGAAGAUGAAAACUGUAACAUUAGAAGCAGCAAAGUACAAAAAGGUUUUCUAAAGCCACAAGAUUAAAUGGCUGCAGGUGUAGAACUGCUGUUUGUCAUUGUUUUGGAAGAUUAGACAGUUGACACGUUGCUUUUCUACCUCUGCCCACAAUGGAUAUUUUAUACUUGUAUCUUCAUAUUAUGAAUUCAGUUUUAACAGCUUGCCACUUUGGAUGGUGUACAUUUUUAAAGGGAGCAUACUAAAAUAUAUCCAUGAUCAACUUUUAUUCAUAAAUGUAAAGUACCUGAAAAGCAUCCAUUACAGUUCUAUUCUCAUCUGUUAAAUGUUUAUAUGCACCACCUAAGUUUUCUACCUAAACCAGCACUGGUGCUUGUGCACCACUCAAAAUAGAAAGUGAAUUCGUUCCAGUUCCUCAACAGGCAGAUUUCUCAAGCAAAACCUUAAGUCAAGGGGUACUACAAGCUGGGAUAAAGAGUUUGCCAGCAAAAUUAUAUAUAUAAGUGCAACUGCACUGGCCAACGUCGCAAAAAGUUGUUGGUGAAAUGCUCCUGUUUCAGGGCUGUGAGCCAGGCUGCUCUUUACUUUUAUUUGACUGCACAUUUUAUAUUAUCAUUGCUUAACUUGUGUUACAUUUCAUCUGUGUUUCUGGCAAUUAUGAAAAACAGAGGUGCAGAGUUUUUUUUUCUUCCUCAAUUUGUUUCCAAAGUACUAUAAUAUAUAUAUAUAUAAGCACCAAUAUUUCUGCAGAAAGAAAUGAAGGACUGACCUUUUCAUUGUUCGAUCAUUGUCUCAGGGUCAUCCCUUAUAAAAAGAAGUGCUUCAAACUUUGUUUUAUGUUUUUUUUUAUUGAACUGUGGUUUACAAUUUUCUCUUUAAAAUUAUAGGGGGAUUAAAAAAAGUGUGUUUCUCAAUAAUUCCCUUUUGCCGUCCUCUGGAGCUGUAUUUCCAGGGUUAUAACCACUUGAAAACACGCACAUCGCUACUUUGGGGUCACAGGAAGCCAGGUUUCCACUUUGUAUUCCUUGUUGGAAGUGUGAAGCAACCCAGCUGCUUAGUGUUCCUUAGGGCUCUUACACACGGCGGUUUUACCUGCGCUCCCCUGCGUUACAAUUUCUUCCAUUCAGCCGCAGGGGAGGGCAGGAGUAGACGCACUCAAUUAUUGUGACAGGGCUGUACUCACACAGACGCAUAUAUGCCGGUGAAAUGUAACAUGCUGCAUCCCACCUGCGUUUGGCGCUUACAUGCAUCUGCGUGAGUACAGCCCCCUUCACUGGUACAUUAUUCAGAAAUAAGCAAUAUGGAAAUAUAUUUUUGAUGCAGAAGAAUAAACAGGUCCUAAAUGUUUUUCAAGUGAUGUAAAUGAUAACUGGUGGUCU